GUUCAGAGAAGUCACGCCUACAUUGAUAUUUUUAAGUAAAAGAUGGCUGAAACCAUGUGUACGUCGUCCGAACAUCAACAAGAUGGGGAAAAGAAGCCUAUGGUUGACAGCGGUAUUCCAGCGCCAAAUAUAUCGAGCAUAAAGAAUAAGAAAAGAAGAAUGGAAAUAUAUAAACAAAUGAAGGCAGAAAGAAGGAAGCGGGAAAUUAAGCAGAAAAAACUUAAGAGAAAAGAAGCCAAAAUGCUAGGUGACAAGGCACCACCAAAGCAAGUGCCAAAGACAAUUGAGAGUAUGCGGGUGUAUGAUGAAACCAUGGUCGACCCGACAGAUGAAGAGGUUAUGAAAGAUGAGGCACAGGAUGAGAUGGCCUCCUAUUUCAAUCGGUUGACGGAACCCAAGAUUCUGAUCACAACUUCAGACCGUCCGAGAUCAAGAACUAUGAAGCUUUGUAUGCAGUUGAAAGAAUGUAUACCAAACACAGAUGUGUACUACAGGCGAGGUCUAGCCCUUAAGAAGAUUAUCCCGCAGUGCAAAGCAAGAGACUACACCGAUAUCAUCAUAUUGAAUGAAGAUAAAGGAAUCCCAACUGGCCUUCUGCUGUGUCAUUUACCAAAUGGACCCACUGCACACUUCAAGCUAACGAGUUUGAAACUUAGGAAAGAAAUAAAGAAUUUUAGUACACCGACAGACCAUAAGCCUGAGUUAGUACUGAACAAUUUCAACACAAGGCUCGGCCACACUGUAGGCAGACUGAUAGCAUCGCUUUUCCCUCACGAUCCGGAAUUUGUUGGACGGCGUGCAGUCACAUUUCACAACCAGCGUGAUUUUAUUUUCUUCAGACACCAUAGAUAUAUCUUCAAAGAUGGCAAGAGAGUUGGACUGCAGCAACUGGGGCCAAAGUUCACUCUCAAGUUACGGUCCUUACAGAAGGGAACUUUUGAUUCUAAGUUCGGUGAAUACGAAUGGAUACAUAAGCGACAUGAAAUGGACACCAGCCGUCGGAAAUUCUUCUUGUAAAUCUCAUGAUGACAUGAAAAUAUAAAGAAUAUUUUAAAUCAUGCGUGUAGAAGCAAGCGAUAUGGUUGCCAUGGUAACUGAAGUGUUCCAAGCAAUGAAUAGUCAGGUAGUCACAAAAGGAAGUGCCAAAAUGAUUGAUUCUCAAGUCAUUUACUUGUUUAGUAAUGAAAACAUCUCUUGCUAAGGAGGCUUGUGGAAAUGUUUAGAAAAAUUGGUAUUUCAUAGUGUCUCACAAAUACUAAAGCACAGUCCACACUAUCAAAUUUUCUUUUGACAAAAAACUCUUGUAUGCCAAUAUAUAGUCAUGACGUGUCAAUACACCAUUUUUGCCAAAUUUGAAAUGAACAUUUCCGAGAACCUGGUAUCACUGGAU